AUGUCGAUCACAUCCUGCCAGUCGAAGUUAUGUCGACGAAUAUCCCUCGAGGGAUUUUCCAUUCACUAUCUCAAGAGCAUUUGCUUCAUUGCGACAAGCGAUAGCCUUAGAGAACUAGAAGCACUAGCCCAAACAGAUGGUAUUCGGGAACGAGUUCAAGAGUUGUGGAUGAUUCCAUCCGUGUUUGAUGGUUCCCAUGCAGAAAGUGAAAGUUCUAUUUCCGAAUUUGCCGUGUCAUCGAGGAGUUGUCGCCAGGUACCUAAUGACGAACUAAAGGCUCGUUUUUCAACAUAUAAAGCCUUGGUUACAGACAAUUCUAGUCUUCUAGAAUCGGAGGCCUUUAGCACUCGGCUACGCAAAUGCUUGGAAAGGUUCGACAACCUUGACACGGUUGGACUUGCACAUUGCACGACGAGCUUUUUGCUCGACCCGCGACAAGAAAAAGUCAGUUUCCUUGGCUGGCGCCGCCUCAUUAAUCAAAUCGACUUCCGAUUUGGGAGUAAGAACUUCGAGCCGCUUCGUAGUAGCGGAAGCGUAAUGGACAAGGUUAACUCUUUAGCCGCGUCAAGGCUUUUGCAGGCGCUCAGUGGAACCAACCGGAAAAUCAGGAAGUUACAGACAUGUAAUCCUGAUUGCUGUGGUAACAUUGCCCCCGAAAUCCUCCUCACGGAAGAGCAAUACAGCUCUGUUCAAUCCGUUCUGGGUGAUUUAGAGGAUCUCCACGUUCGCAUAGCUUUCAGAACCGCGAAGCCGGCUUGUGUCAUGAGUGCAACGACCUGGAUCACUCUGCUUAUCCAUGUUGCUCCCCGCCUAAAAAGACUUGCUCUCUCCCAAGACUAUUCCCUUGGAGGGCUUUCUAGCGAAAUCGAAUUCAACCGGCUCAAAGAGCUCCAUCUCCAUAAGACUUGCAUCAACUCCAAGAAUUUGAAAUCAUUGCUCCUCAAAGCCAAGGAAACCCUCGCUAUUUUCACGAUUUUUAAGGUGAUCAUGGAGGAUACCUCACCAUCAUUGUUGCCGGAUUAUCCAUCAAUUUGGUAUCCUAUAACUCCAGCCAGGCUUCGUCCACCUCCAGUCCCUAUUUCUACAAUCACAGAUAUCUAUGAUCCAAUCUUAACAACCCCCUCUCUGACUCCAGCAGCCUACAAUCCAACUUCAACAGCCUACACUCCAACCUCAGCCUACACUCCAACCUCAGCCUACACUCCAACCUCAGCCUACACUCCAACCUCAGACUACACUCCAACCUCAGACUACACUCCAACCUCAGACUACGCUCCAACCCCAACUCCGUAUUAUACUCAACCACCCGGACAACUACCACCCGGACAAACUUACAUCCCUUCAACCCCCUACAUACCCUCCGUGGGUCAUGAAGAUGUUCUUUGGAAGUCGGUUUGGAAUUUCUUUGGAGAAAAUCUAUCGCUACAGAGAUUCUCCAUGGCAAAGAUCGCCGACCGCAGCCAUGAGAUCUCUAUUCAAAGCACAGAUGACUCGAUUGAACCUAGCGACAAGGCUUUUUUUGAUGCUGAAACUGUUGGAAUUUCGUUUCGUCAAUGGAUCAGCCAAUUGACCCCUAUGCAUUUACUGGAUUCACCUAGUAUUCAAAUGUGGCCGUACGACGAUAACAGUAAGUAA